UAAGGUCUGGAGGUAGUAUACUGACAAGGUCACUAUCCAAUGAUCAGACUAUAGCCCUCAAGUACAGACUCCGGACAAACUAUCCAACGAUCCACCCGCAUCGCAACCAUCAUCAGUGUCUCAUCGAGCCGAAUGUCUCGCCCCCAAGUACCCUAACACCCUAGCACCCUGGUUCAGGCCUCGGGCACAUGGCUAGAAAGAGUUGUCUCUCCACUGACUUGGGGAACCCCCCCCAUGUGAGCGUCCCCGCCCCCGCAAUCGCGUGUUGGAGGAUCGAGUAGUCUAGUCUUGGAUGCAACCGGCAUAUUUAAACGACGAUAGUAUCAACACCCUAUUGGUUAUCAUCACAUACCUAAAGUACCUUGGUUAUCCAGUCGCAAUUCUGGUAUUCUAAAUACCUACUCUGCAACGAGGGGGGCUCUCCAUUGCAUCUUUGUACGCUUCGGGAUAUUUCUUCUGCGCCUUGAUUAUCAAGAUGGCAACUAACGGUCACACCAAUGGCGCAGCAGAGCGACCUAAGACGGGCGUGAAAGUCAUAGUGGUUGGUGCUGGAUUCGGUGGCUUAGGAGCAGCAAUAGAGUGCCAUAGACAAGGUCACGAUGUCGAGAUAUACGAAGCCUUUCCCGAACUGAAAACACUUGGUGAUAUUAUCUCAUUUGGGCCGAACGCGGGAAGAAUAUUCCAUCGCUGGUCAGAUGGAGAAGUUGUCAAGCGCAUGCGACCUCUAAGCAUCGACCUAAGAAAAUAUGGCUUCAACAUUCAUAAAUACGACACUGGUGAAAUUGUCAUCAACCAGAAGACGCCGGAAUAUUCUCAAGAGGCCCCGAAUUUCAAUGGCCACAGAGGCGAGUUGCAUGAAGUAGUUUUCAACUACGCAAGGGACGACCUACAAAUACCGAUCCACCUAGGACAUAAGAUCCAGACAUAUUUCGAGGAGGAUAAACAAUCUGGUAUCGUGUUGGAAAGUGGCGAAAAGAUUGCUGCUGAUGUAGUCAUCGCAUCCGACGGAGUACGUUCAAAGGCACGAAAAUCUGUCCUAGGCUACGAAGAUAAGCCAAAGAGCAGCGGAUACGCUGUCUGGAGAGCAUGGUUCCCGAAUAAGGACAUGCUCGCCGAUCCGGAGACCGCCCAAUUCUGUAGUAACGGCGAUACAUUUAAUGGUUGGAUCGGACCGGAUAUGCACUUCCUAUUUAGUACGAUAAAGGACGGCUCUGACUGUUGUUGGGUCUUGACUCACCCCGACGAGCACGACAUAGACGAAUCCUGGAGUUUCCCCGGGAAACUUUCGGAAGUAAAGGAGGCCUUGAAAGAUUGGGAUCCGAUGUGCACUCGAAUUAUCUCCAAGACACCCGAGAGUAUGCUUGUGGAUUGGAAAUUGGUUUAUAGAGACCCGUUACCCACCUGGGUUAGUCCUUCCGGGCGAAUCGUACUCCUUGGAGACUCGGCACAUCCAUUCCUACCUACAAGCGCUCAAGGAGCUACACAGGCGCUUGAGGACGGCGUGGUCAUCGCAGUAUGUUUGCGCCGUGGCGGAAAGGAAAAUAUUCCAACUGCCGUUAGAGCACAUGAGAAGAUUAGAUACGAGCGCGUGCGCGCAACCCAGAAGACUGGUGAAAGCACACGAGACAUGUGGCACAAGACGGACUGGGAGAAGGUCAAGAAGAAUCCCGAGAUAAUCCAGUUCCCGAGGCAAGAUUGGAUUUUCGACUUUGACGCGGAGAAGAACGCCGAAGAGACAUACGAUGAUGUCGUCAAGGAAAUACUCGCUGCUGCAUAGACCUAGAACGUAGAUGUGUGAAUUGAAUCAAUUGUUA